AUGACCCAUUACAAGGAGGAUCACUUGGUAUCAAUGAAGAUGAUUGAUGAAGUUCAUGCACGAAAGGGAAAAAUAAAGGCAUUUACAUCUUAUUGUGGUGGGUUACCAUCUCCAGCUGCAGCAAACAAUCUGCUUGCCUAUAAAUUCAGUUGGAACCCAGCUGGUGCCCUCCGGUCAGGGAAAAAUCCUGCUGUCUACAAAUUUCUUGGUGAGACGAUCCAUGUAGAUGGUAAGUCUGUUACAUGAUUUACUUAUCACUCCUAUAAAUCAGCAAAGAGGCUCAGACUACCAGAGCUUCCAGAUUUUGCUCUGGAACACUUGCCGAAUCGGAAUUCCUUGAUAUAUGGAGACCUUUAUGGUAUCUCCAAAGAAGCAUCUACCAUAUACAGGGCUACUCUUCGUUACGAAGGUUUUAGUGAGAUAAUGGCAACCCUGACGAAAAUUGGGUUCUUUGAUGCUGCAAAUCAUCCACUGAUGGAAGAUACUAAUCGCCCAACACAUAAGGGUUUCCUUGAUGAACUACUUAAUAAUAUCUCCACAACUAACACAGACUUUGAUAUUGAAGCCUCUGAUGGAUAUGAUGAUGAAUUGAUUGCCAGACUGCUGAAGUUCGGGCAUUGCAAAGAUACGGAAAUAGCUGUUAAGACAGUCAAAACCAUCAAGUUCUUGGGACUGUACGAAGAGACUCAAAUUCCUACGGGUUGUUCAAGCCCAUUUGAUGUGAUUUGCCAACGAAUGGAACAGAGGAUGGCUUAUGGCCAUAAUGAGCAGGACAUGGUACUGCUCCACCACGAAGUCGAGGUGGAAUACCCGGACGGGCAACCCACCGAAAAGCACCAAGCGACGCUGCUGGAGUUCGGGAAGGUUGAAAAUGGCAGAUCCACCACUGCCAUGGCCCUGACCGUUGGUAUUCCAGCGGCAAUAGGGGCCCUGCUAUUGCUACAGACGAACGGAGUGAUCAGGCCUCUGCAACCGGAAAUCUACAUUCCAGCAUUGGAGAUCUUGGAGUCGUCAGGCAUCAAGCUGAUUGAGAAAGUGGAGAUAAUAAUAUGAUGUAGCUGGGUACAUAUAUCUUUUGUACAUAUUAUAUGGCCUGGCAAAGAAACCUCUGUAUGUAUGACCUACCAAUAUCAAAUAAUGCCGAUCAGUUAGCUUGGCUCUUUUGAGGGGGUUUAUAUACUAGGUAAAUGAGGACGAGAGCGAGCGGCCGCUUAAGACUCGCAGGU